AUGGCUACAGACCCACGUUGUAAGAUCUCAUACUGUAUCGUUGACGCGUUGGAUGAAUGUGACUCGGGGUCGCAGACGAGAAUUCUCGAGCAAUUAAAACUCAGUUUCUUUGAUCACCCUUCGAAGCGGUUCACAUCGAAAAUUCGAAUACUGAUUACUAGUCGGCCUUACUACGAGAUUGCCUCAUGCCUAGGUUUCUUUCCUUCGAGAGAUAUUACUACCUUCGUUGAGGAAAGGAAGACGGAUAUCCAGUUAUUCAUUCGACAGAAGGUUGGCGAUCUCAGCACGCGGAAAGGGUAUCAUGUCAAGAUGAAGGAUCAAAUCCAGGAAAUACUAGAAGCAAAGGCUGAUGGAACUUUCCUAUGGAUUGGGUUGACAUGCGAUGAGUUGAAGAAUGUCGACCUACAAGACACUCUGGCCUUUCUCAAUAAUCUCGCCCCUGGUCUGAACGCAAUUUAUACGAAACUGAUGGAGAAGGCGAUUGAGAAUGAACAAAAGCGGGAGAGGGUUUAUGCCAUUCUUGCUGUUGUUGCCGUGGCACGACAGGCAUUGACCUUAUCCCAACUGUGCACUGCCUGCUCUCUAUAUACUGGCGAGGAUAAAGAGGCACAGAUCGCCUUCAUCAGAGCAGACAUCAAAGAUUGUCGUCUGAUGGUAGUAGAGAUUGAGGGCUUUGUAAACCUCCUUCACAAGUCAGUCCAGGACUUUCUAUUUGGAGCUGACAUGAGAUAUAUUCCAUCCAAGGAAGAGUCACACGCUCUUCUAGCAUAUGCGUGCAUCAAUCACACUGCAAGGCACUUCCGAAAUAGAGCUGGUCGUUUUGAAAAGUUGCUCGAUGAGUAUCUCCACGAGCUCAAGAAGAAGAACGAUGAAUAUGACGUGAUGAAGAAGAAGGCAGCACAUAUGAGACUCAGAGAGGAGAUUUCUACAUGGGGCGACUUCAUACCAUACUGUUCUCAAUUCUGGAUGGAGCACGCUCACCUGAGUGGGAUGGUCUUUGAUCCCGCCAAAGUCACAGAAACCUAUUUCCUUACGCUCGAAUCUCCAUCCCGAGAUUUAUGGCUGCGGUAUUACGGUUUGGAUCCUUGUCAUGCUGCAUACAACAUGGGGAUAUUGCAUAUUGCAGCACAAUGGGGAAUACCGAGCUUGGUGGAUUUUGCGCUCGGUAAGAAUUUGGCAACCGAAGGUGGCUUCUACAUCGACACAGACUCUUUCACAUCCCACGGGGGCACUCCGCUUCUAUGGGCUGCCAUUUUUGGAAACAUAGCUGUGUUUACCGAAUUAGUAUCCCGGACUGAUCCGACAAGACCUCUCACAAGUAGCGUUCUCACGGCCCUUGUUGAGCAUAACUCCAACCGUGAAAACUUCAUCACGAGCCUGCUCCAGCAAAUGGGAAGUCAGAUUGUUGUAACCGAGGAACUUGAGAUUGCAGCAGUGAAAAACACUCGAGAAGGGUCCGAAAUCUUGAAAACAUUGUUGUUACAUCGAGACCAGAUGUCAAGGAAGAGGCCCCAUAUCGCUACCAAUGUACUUGUUGAGGCUGCUCGAAAUGAAUCUCAGGGCAUACGGACCAUGAAGAUGAUAUUCACAUACCUCCAAAAUAAUGUUUUAAUCACUGAAGAGGUCUUGGGGGCAGCUGCAAGAAAUGCCAAAUGUGCCAGCGCACUUCUGGAUAUGUUAUUUGAGCAUUGGACCGAGGAAACCAUCCCAGAAUCGGUUGUCGCUGCAGCGGCGGCUCAUCCUACAGACGGCCCGCAUAUCAUUCGAAUACUCCAGGCAAAAUCCCAGAACGCAAUUCCAGUUACGGAUGAUAUACUUGCGAGCGCAUUCGGAAACAUAGACAGCGGUGUUGCAUGUCUUGAACAGUUAUGGAAAGAAUGGCCAUACCUCACCAUCGUCGGAGGCUCAGCAAUUCCAUACAAUUCUGGCGGAGCGGGGCACGAAGGGGUCUUGUGCUGGACUCUUUCACAGCCACGCCAACGCGUGGUAUUUUUCAAAGACGCUUUUCGGAGUAUUCUUGCAAGACGGAGCGUGUCAGUGUUGGAGCAGAUCAUGAUCGAGUGGCCGGGUCUACAUCUAUCACAUGAUUCACUGCAGGCAGCGGCAAGUAACAGCAAACAUGGCGCAUCUAUAUUCACAUUCCUCUUUAUUUCUUGCCCGGAACAAAUACAGGUAACCGAAGACCUGGUGACAGAGGCGGUAGGAUCAGACCAAGAGACGUUAGAAAUCAUUCUGUCGCACAGGCCAGCAGAUCAUGACGUGGUCAACAGAGAAGCCCUUCGGAAGGCCGCUGAGAUGUACAAUGCCUUAGAGAUCUUACCAAUUCUUUUGAAUGCCAAGACAGGGCCAUUUUCUCUAGUCGGCACACGUGAUACGCCGGACGUCAUGAAGUUCUGCCUGGACCAACCAAAUGUUAUGGUUAACGUCGAUGAGGACAUGAUGUAUGAGCUGGAAUACCUCGACGAGAAGGAAGAUUUGUUGAAAUGUAUAUUGAGUCUGCCAGACAACCAAGUUCAAGUUUCGGGCGCAGCUGCUGAGACGAUAAUUCAUGACUAUGGGCGAUCCAAUACCCAGCUUCUUCUUCACCACAGCAAUGUACAACUCACGAACGAGGGUUUUAAUUCUAUUGUGGAGCACCAGGAUCCGGAUACAGUGUCCUUGAUGUUAAACCAUCAUGCGAUCGAAGUCGAUUGCCAUCUCCAGGACGCCUCAUGUCGGAACGUCGACGCUGGACAAGUGUUGGCCAUCAUAAUAGAGAGCACUUCUGGAGACAUGUCUGUGAAUGAGAGAGUACUGGAAAUCGUUCUACGCGAAUGCAAGUCACAUAUCAUUGAGAAGUAUAUCCGACGUCUACCACCUCGUACAUGGAGAAGGGAAUUGAUUCGUCUUCUGGUAUCCCACCAGUCGAAUUCUCAGUACACCCAAUCCUUAGUACAACUGUUGCUACAGUGCCAUCAACAGGCUGUGAUUGACCAUUCCCUGAUAGAAGCGAUUGCUGAGUAUUGUGAUGAAUCUGUCAUGAUGACGGCUAUUCAGAGAAGCAGCAUGUUUACCCAAGAAACAGUGACAGCAGCUAUGAAAAAUACAAUGCACGGAAGGAAGAGCUUGGGAUUGCUAAUUGGCGAUGUUUUACCGAACGUACCCAUGGAUACAGAGUUCAUUCACAAUCUGGCACGCAUAUCAGACCCGGAGACCAUACAUCGUGUUUUUCAGCAGGCAUCUGGCGCCCCACUUUGUCUGAGUAGAUUCUUGCUUUGCUGGGCGGCAGCUGAGAACCGCAAUUUUGGUUGUAGGGCGAUUGAGUCAAUCCUCAAUAUUAAUGAUGAUGAUCUGCUGCAAGAUGGUCGAGCGACUCAGCGAUCUUCAUUGUGCUCUUUUAACCCUCAUUGGAGACUUAUACCACUCACAGGAGCGAUAAUCGAUGCCCUCGGCAGGGACGAGCAAUCUGGGCCGAGCUUUGUCCAAACCUUUCUUCACACAUGCGCCACUAAAGUCUGGAUCACUGGAACUGGCCUGAGAACAAUAAUUAGAAGUUUUGAUGUUAUAUUCAUACGCGAACUGUUCUCACACAAGAUUCUCCCGUCAGAGGUCGAUGAUUGCACUAUCCAAGCAGGCGCUGCCAACCGAAGAGAUGGCCCAAGAGUUCUUGACUUUUUGCUUUCACAGGGAACAGAGAAACUCGAGAUUACAGGACACACAGUAUCUGCUGCUUUGGCGAAUACGGAACAUCGGAAAGCUAUAAUGUCACGGUUAAUAGCCAGUGAGAGGACUAUCUUCGGACAGUCUGCCGUUGCUGAAAUCAUGAAAACCCUGGAUCCCACCAUGAUGGCGGAUGUAUUUCUCUGUACAUCUAAAAAGAUUGAGAUCGGUGAGGCGUGCAUAACAGAAGCGAUCCGCGGGAUGGGUGGAUCUAUCCCCCGUAUUUUCACUUUGUUGCAACAUCUACUGAGCCUCAACUUGCCUCUUAUUGUAACGGCAGACAUGAUACAGGAAAUACCCGAUUCUGCCGCUGACCAAUUGUGGCCCCAUGACAUCAUGGAAAAGAUCCAGGAAAUGUUCAAUGACCCGAAGAAUAACGUACAUAUCACAGAAAAAGCGAUCGUCGAGUUCAUUAGACGAUGCUUUUUCGGUCUAGAUGUGUGGAAGCCAAGGGCCUCUGAGCGUCUGAGCCAGCGGUAUGCCAUAUUGGCUAUGUACUGCAAGCAGCUUCCUGGACAAGAACUCAUCGAUGAGGAGGUGAUUGUGGAACUUUUACAUGUAGAAAUCCAUGAUUUCAAUGCCCCCACUGUCCUCCCAGAUACCUUCCAGCUUGCAAUACCUGUCACCGAAGAUGGGAUGUGUCCCAUUAUGAUGUCAGGCUGGAGUUUGUCUGCGAGGAAAGCUGGCAGGAUGUUUGAAUUUCUAGAACGAGUCCGCCCGCCAUUAGCCAUAACAACAGGGGGUGCCCUGAGUAUCUUGAAAUCAGGUGACCAGGAGGAAGCACGAUCAAUCGCCCAGCUCUUAGGCGACCGAUUGAGGAUGUCUCAAGAAAAUUUUGUAGCACUGGUCAGCGUCGCAGACGAAACCACAAUUGCGUACCUCUUCAACCAUGGGGACAAUGAUAUCAAGGUCACAGAAGACAUGCUCCUUGCCGUGGUGGGAAACCCACAAAGUACAUUGAAUGCCCUCAACUAUGUUGCUUCCUUUUCACCGCAUAUCAUUACCGCCGAGAUUGUCAUGGUGUUGACUGAAACGCAACAUUGCGAUGCGGAAACGCUCAACUCACUCCUCCAGCGACUACCUGCCAAGGCCCUCCUCUCUGAGGAUUUUUUGAUCACGAUAUCAGAGAGUAAGCGUCACGGAGAGGAAGUGUUCGAAUGCUUGAAAAACUGUGUGGACACAUCAAAUUUCCGAAGCUACGUCAGCGAAGAAGUAUUUGUUGAAACGGCGAAAAACGAAGAUUGCGGUGGCCCCCUCAUGGACACUUUGCUGAAAGUUCCUGGUUCAUUGCCAAUUACAGAAGAGGUCAUUGUUUUGGCUGCCCUUUCGAUCCCUACCGAGCCCCCGUUGUUUGGCCAUCCCGUAACUGAGGCACAUGUUAAGGAUCUCUUGUGUCGAGUUGCUAACCCGAAAUUCCCAAGCCUUGAUUUCCUUGAAACUGCGUUCUCACUAUUCGGAUCUUCUUUGUUGGCCUUUAUGACGGACAUUUACAAACAAGUCGGCGAGCUUAAUCCGGGCUUGAUUCAACAAUGUCCCGUUAGAAGAGAGUUUCGUGAGUUUCAAGAGAGUCUAACGAAAAGGGGCCUUCUGCAAGUUAUCGAUGGUCGUUGGCUUCUUGGGCCUGUGGCCCAUGAAGCUAUUCAUAGGGGCGAUGCGAGUAACAUCAGGAAAUUGACCCUCGAAACGGCUGAUCCGGUGCUGACAGAUAUAUUCAUCACGGCGGAGAUGGUCGAAGAUGAGUUAGAAAGUCACGAUGGCCCCAAGGACAUCAUCAAAUCGCUUCUAGAACAGAAGGCUGGCAGAGCCAUAGUGACAGCUGAAGGCUUUCUCGCAAUCAUUAAGUCAUACAGCCUGUCUACAAUAGAGCUUAUGGCUACCAAGAGUGAAGCCAUCGUCAUCCCUUCAACAUUGUUUGUUUCGUCGCCGAGCCCUGGAGUCGAGGACAUGAAACACACAUUUAUGGGGUCCAAGUCACGAUCGGACUUGAUGGAGACACUCAUCAUGACCGUAGUAAUUAAUAAUAGCGGUCAGAACGUGGCUAUCUUGAGAUAUCUGUUUGUUCGCUUUGGUUGUCCCGCAGUUAUAUCCAGCAACGCAUUGAGGGCUGCUGCCAGCUCACCUUACAACCCUACAGACAUUCUCGAGUUGUUACUCUGUUGUAAUAAUGGCAUGAUUACCGAGAUUGAUACAAUCGUUCUCGCUGCAGCGGCAAAUCCAAUUGAAGGGGGCCGUCUCAUAGCACUAGUCUUUGAUCACCUGGGUGACCAAAUCCUAGUGUCUGAGCCUAUGCUUGUUGCCGCGGCGGGGAACAAGGGCUCCAAAUAUGCUUUCUCAAAAUUUCUGUCGCUGUGGAAAGGCCAGGUAGCAGUCCGUGUAUUUGUGGCAGCAUCGGCGAAUCCCGUGUUUGCAGUCGAGAUUAUGGAGCUCCUGUUGAAGAAAUAUGAAACACCAAUCACGGAGGAUGUGUUGAUUGAAGCUGCUCGCAACCAAGCCCAAGGAGACAAACUUCUUGAUCUGAUAUUUCGCGAAAGGCACUCUCAGUUCAGUCUGACUAGCAAUAUCGUUCAAGCAGCAUUAGGAAGAGUGUCCCAUAAGUACCGUGCGACAGGACAUUGUAGGGUCCCAGAGCUUUUCCUUGACCCAACACUCUAUGUGAACCCACAUUCCGUUCAGGUCACCGCAAUCCUAUCCAGGUCACUUUCCUACACCCAAUUUAAGAUUUAUCUGUCCAAAGUCAAUCUACUCAAUCCCCAGGACCUGGUAUUGGAGCUUGCCCAGGAAUGUAACGAUGUCACACUUCGCAUGGUUCUUGAGCGAUAUGGUUCGGAAAUUGCCCUUUCUGAGGAACUGCUGACGAAGGCGGCCCGUAACACCCAUUGGCGAACGAACAUUUUCAAGGUUUUCAUCUAUACCGGAGACGAUAAUGGUCAGGCUAUAACUGUGACGCCAGAUAUGGUAGUUGCUGCUGCAGCAAACCCGAGGUAUGGAUAUGAAUCUGUUCAGAUGUUGCGAACAAGACACACAGGGGGUCCCUUCGUCAACUUGGACUCGUUACUGGCCACCGUCUCUAAUGAGGGGGACUUCUCCCUAGGGUUGCUAAGGUUACUCUACCGUUGUUCGCAAGGCCCACUACCGAUCACUACCAAACUUCUUUCUGCCGCUGCCAGAAACCCUGCUCAUGGAAUGGAAAUGCUAAGGCUGCUGCUUAGCCGCCUUGAGAAACAGGACGAUAAUGACAUUGCGUAUGAGGAAGUCGCAGAAGCUGCGGCUUCCAAUACAGCAACCAUCGCCGGCAAAUGGGGUGAAGCUUCUAAUAAAUGGGCGGACACUGACUACAUCUGGUGUUCUCCUCUAGGGCUCCUCAUCCGCAGAAGGCGCCACUGCAUAAAGUUCACCGAAAGUCUCCUAACUGCCGCUGCAUCUAACCCCAAGAUGGGAAGACGUUUCGUCCUUCUUCUGAUUAAGUGCGCCGGGUCAGAGCUUACCAUCACUGAGAAUGUUCUUUGUAAAGCGGCUAAGAACCCCCAACAAGGAUAUGAUGUAUUAAUGCUCCUUCUCCAUCACCCGAGAUUCAAACACGGUAUUUCAGAGAAUGUAAUUGCAGCAGUGGCAGCAAAUGACCACCACAAGAACUGGAAAGGAGUUCUCGGGCUCCUUCUCGCUCAUCACGGGGCACCAUUUCAAGUUUCAGAAGGCUUGGUCCUCGCUAUGGUUCAAAGUGAAGAAUAUCGUGAUGAGAAACUGAAGGUUCUUUUGGAGCAACAUCAAGGACCUAUCUGCAUUUCGGAUGAAGUCAUGCAGAAUGUGUCGGCAGGAGUAGGAAACUCCGUUCGCCGAAAGCUAGAGAUUUACCGAACUUACCCUGUGACCAGGGAGAGGGCCGUAUGGAGUACUUUUUGGAAGCUGUUUGUCCUUUUUAUGUCUUGCUGCCUGUCCCCAUUUUUCUUUCGGCAUCGAGUCAAUCCCCGUCAUUGA